AUGCCGACUUUGACCGGUUGUUUGGAGAGCUGCGAGAGCCCUGGCGGGACAGGGAGCGAGGUGGGAAGGGUUGGGAAUGAAGGGGAAAGCUUGGGGGAUGAGAACUUCCGGAACUUCCUCGUGGCCUUGCGCGGUGGAAAGCCCAAGACGGUGAAGUACCAUCCGGAGAAGUGCCUCCAUGCAGAGCUCUUUGACGCCUCGAACUGGAGCCGUUGGCUGGAUCCACGGCUGUCGAAGGUCCUGGAGGAAUGGCACCGGACAGGUGACCUCAAGCAGGUGGACCUCGACGCCGCAGCUCUGGACCUUCAAGCCUUAGCACCGGGGAUUUUUAGCUUUCCAUGUUUCACGGCGGACUUCUGCCGGAAGAUCUUGGAAGAGGUCAAGAACUACCAACGGAGCGGCCUUCCGGAACGGCCCCCUAACAGCAUGAACAACCAGGGCUUGGUGCUCAAUGAGAUAGGGCUUCUGCCACUCUUUGAUGAGCUCCUAUCAAAAGUCUUGUCACCUCUGGCCGCACGGCUCUUCGGUGAUGACAAUGACCGAUUGCUGUCCUUAAAGGGUCAAAAGACCAUUGGGAACUGGGGCGGCUCACACUUGGACAAGCAUCAUACCUUCGUGGUGCAGUAUUCGGCGAAAGAUGACACACAUCUGGACAUGCACAUCGAUGAGUGUGACAUCACCUUCAACAUUGGCCUCUCAGAGAGCGAGACCUUCCAGGGAAAUCAGCUGGUCUUCUGCGGCCUCUAUGAUGCCGACGACCACCGGAAGCACCAGUUGACCUAUCGCCACGUCCUGGGGCAAUGUGUGGUCCACUGCGGGAAGCAACGGCAUGGUGCUGUCGACAUCGAAGAAGGGGAGAGAGCCUCCUUGAUCAUUUGGACCAAGAGCCACGCAUUCCGGCGGAGUGCGGAGUAUCGGGCGCUCUACGACCUGGAUCGAUGGAAGUUGGGGAAGGCUGACCAAAUCUGCCUGAGCUACAGCCAUGAUGAUGACUACGAGGAGUUGAUGCCCGAUGAGAUGAAAUUCCAAAUGCCUACUCACCUGGCUGAAGCCGCCGGCACGGCGAGUUCCACCGAUGCCAGCGGCGUUCCGAUCAAUCGAAAGCGACGGAGGGAGGACUCUGCCAAUGGCGCUGAGCCGAGCCGAGAGUAG